AUGUAUAAUUUGAGCUGUUACAACCCAAGUUCCUUUAUCCUUGUUGGAAUACCUGGCCUGGAGAAGUUCCACAUCUGGAUAGGGAUUCCCUUUUGUGUCAUCUAUGUUGUGGCUAUUGUGGGCAACUGCAUCCUCCUCUACCUCAUUGCAAUUGAGCGCAGCCUCCAUGAACCCAUGUUUUUCUUCCUCUCUAUGCUGGCUGUGACAGAUCUCAUCUUGUCCACUGCUACAGUGCCCAAAUUGCUCAGUAACCUCUGGAUGGGCUCCCAGAAAAUAACCUUCUCCGGCUGUCUCACCCAGAUGUUCUUUCUCCACUUCAGCUUUGUAGUAGACUCAGCCAUUCUAUUGGCCAUGGCAUUUGAUCGCUACGUGGCAAUCUGCUUUCCUUUGAGAUACACCACCAUCCUGACUCCUCGGAUGAUCAUCAAGCUUGUGAUGAGCAUUGUUGCAAGGAGUUUCUCCAUCAUCCUACCAGACAUUUUUCUGCUAAAACGGUUACCCUUCUGUGAGACACGUAUCAUCCCACACACCUACUGUGAGCAUAUAGGGGUUGCUCGCCUUUCUUCUGCUGACAUCUCCAUCAACAUUUGGUACGGAUUUGCUGUGCCUCUUAUGACUGUCAUCUCAGAUGUGAUAUUUAUUGCUGUUUCCUACACCUUCAUCCUCCGUGCUGUCUUUCAACUCUCAUCCCAGGGUGCCCGCCAAAAGGCCCUUAGCACCUGCGGCUCUCAUGUCUGUGUUAUCCUUAUGUUUUACACACCUGCCUUCUUCUCCAUCCUUGCUCAUCGCUUUGGGCACAGUGUCCCUCGAAAUGUGCUCAUCUUAUUUGCCAACCUCUAUGUGGCUAUUCCUCCUGCUCUAAAUCCUGUUGUUUAUGGAGUGAAGACCAAGCAGAUCCAGGACAAAUUUAUUCUCCUUUUCUCUUUGCAAAAGAAAUAA